CCCCAUCCCCAGUAUUCCAUAAUGUCGCACGCAGACAAUCAGUUUCCCCGGACGAAACGGAGGAAGUUGGACUCCGGCGAGGAGUCAACUGUCCAGUCCGACAUCACGUCUCAUACGCAAUUGCGGACCAUCCUGACUUUUCAGCAAAACAUUCAAGAGACCAAACAAGGCUUAAGAAAAUUCAAGGAAUUUCUGCUCUCCAUCCCACAGACGGAGAAUGAGAGUGAAAAAGCUAAAAAAUUCCGCAUCCUCAAAGCCUAUUGUGAUUCGCAAAUCUCUUACAAUGGCGAGGACCCAUCUUGCUUCCCUGAUCUGAUUCAAGCCUGGGGAUUUGCGGAUACUAACAACAAUGACUCCUUGUUGACGAUCAUUCCGUCCGUGGUGGCGCUCUUUAUUAAGACGAUAUCCAGUAAUCUGGAUUUCCGAGACUUCGGACUGGCGUUGUGUAAAUUUUUGAUGCAAAAAGAGCAACUAAGAUUUUUCAACCGUGGGUUGACCGCAACGAAGUCGAAGGAGCAUUUGAUCUCCCCGUGUCUUCGCCUUCUCACCGAGGUGGUCAGCUUCGAUGGGGGUGCCGUUGCCCGUCAAGUCUAUGCAGCGCGUUAUAUCACGUUCAAGCGCCUUGAGGUGUUCUUGACUCCGAAUAAGGCCCAGCUGGAAGAUGCGUCCGAUGAUGCUCAAAAGUCGACUCUGCGCCGCAAUGCUCAAAGAUAUGUUUUGGCAAACUUGAGAGUCCAGCAUGCAACCUCAAAAACCGAUAUCAUCGAGCAAGGCAAACUCAUGAGAGCGUUCUUCGAGUACAUUCGAAAGGACCCGCGAGAUAUUGUCAUCGACGUGAUCAAAGCCGUUGACCGAGAUAUUGUCCAGGAUGCUUCCCUUCCCCGGAACUCCAAGAAGUUGUUCUUCAGCCGCUGGAAUCUGGAGCGACUCGUGACUUUGUACGGUUAUGACCGAGAGUCCGAGGAUCCUAACCCGACAGGAUUUUCCAUCGCCAACGAGAUCCACAAGAUCUUGAUGAACAUUUGCACGAAGACUGAGCUCGGGGUGUUGCUACCGGAAACAGGCUGGUACCCCCACGGUAGCGACCCGGAAUCCCUGCCGGCGGACAGCGACGCAUCGAUUGAAUUGGGCCUCGAUUCUGCAGUUUACGUUGACAAGUACAGAGAGUCCGUGCCAGUUCGCAAUGGAGUGCUCUCCUAUAUUAUCCAGUCACUUCGCCCGGAUACGGAUAGUCUCCAGAUUGAGCUGCUUGUGGCAAUCUUCAAGGCUGCACCUGAGUUGGUCGCCGAUUUCUUUAGCAAGAAAUUGAUGUUCGUUUCGGAUCCGAAGCCUGUUCCGUCGUGGCUGGCCGAAUCUGCGCUUUUGUUCUCGACUGUCAGUCUGCCGAUUCCGAAGAACUGCGGAUGGAAAGACAAACUGCCUCCGAUGCCGCCGGCACCCUCGGUUGUGAUUGAAAACAUUCUACCGCGUCCGCUGAAUCAAAAGAUUCUCACUCGGUGCCUGAACCUGAACACGGAGAUUGUUACUCUCUUCGCAGUCCGUCUUAUCACGGUCUCCUUCAAGAAAUUGCAGAAGGUCCUGCAAAUCUUCAACUCCGACCACGGAAUCAGCCAGCCGCUCUGGAAACAAGCUGCGGGAAAACUGGUCGCUGAGUUUUCCCGCCGAUGCCCCGUCGUGAAGGAUGUCAUCCAGCUUUACAAAAGAACUGCCAAGGAAGACCUGCAGCAGCAAGAAGCCGUUGCCGAGUUGCUUUCUUGUUUCUACGAAGUUGCCCCGGAUGCCGCUUUCGAGGAAGUCCUCGAUGUUUCGCUCAUAAUGGUGGAAAUUCUGAAACGACUGGACGAGCCUAACAUUUCAUCGGACGACUCUGAGCUGUUGCUCAGUCAACUGCAAAGUAUUCUGAAGAUUGCGCAGCAGUCGGCAUCGAUCCGUUGGUGGCAGCAACCUGCUUCGAUGCAAUUUUCUGCGUUCACUUCCGUGAUGAAGGUCGUCGUGGAAGCGUCAUCUCAGGAAUCUCUCGGUGAUAUUUAUCGUCUAUUGAGAUCGGUGCUCAUUGAAAACUCGAUUCUGCAGAGUGCAUCUUCAUUUACCGCACUUAUGUCGAGUUUCGACACUUCGGAUUCUGCCCGCUUGCAGCAUCAACUGGCCUUUUUCGAUAACUGCGCCUGCCGGAUCGCGAAAAAGCAAGUUCAUUAUCAAGAUUUAAUAGGAUCUUUCUCACAGGAUAAGUCCAAAUCAACGAGCUCCAUCGCAGCGGCUAUUAGUGAGCAGUGGCCGUUUGUCAUUAAGUCUGGAGAUGCAAAUGCCCAAAGUGCUGUGUGUGCAUGGGCUGCCCAAGUGUUGGGUCGGUUGAAGCAGGCCGGUGAAGACUCGAAAACACUGAAGGGUGUUCGUGACUCCCUGAUGGACGCUACCGAUAACAAGAAGCUCAAGUCAACCCUGAAGAAGUCCUUGAAAGAUAAUGAGGAAAAUUCUGAACAAGAGAAGAAGGGCAUGGAUUUGGAUCAAAAGGCAUCUCCGACUGCAGGAAACGAGCAGCCGCGCGUGGACUUGCUCGAGAUGUUCGGCGCGCUUCCCGUGGAAAGUGAUACUCGAAAUGAAUUACACAAAUGGGACAAAGAAGAGCUUGAUGUGUCAAUUGAGCAGGGCCGAGUGGCGGAAUUGCUGGUCUGUUUGUGCUCGGAGCACGAGGAAGUGCGCAGACAAGCCUUUAGCAACAUCACCCGAUUCAUGUCUAAACUCAGGGAAUCUAAAUAUACCGAAUGGAGGUCGGUUUACCUCCUCACCGGAGAACUGUACGAAACCGUCAAACUGCUUGGCGUUGAAUCGCCUGUGCCGUGGAUUGUGGGAGAGUGUGCCGCUAGCUGUCUUGCAGUUCUCACGAACCCCAUGCACAAGCUGUAUGGCAAGGUCAACAAAUUCCUCCAGAAAGCGCCUACCUGGGAGCCCGAGAAGAUUCCCUCCUACUGGAUCGACAAGAUUUUGCUGCACGAGCCCGAGUUGGAUGACGGUCAUUACGAAGAGACCAACUGGCUGUUGGAUCUGUUGGUCAAGGGCCUCCGGACUGGAGCGGAUAUGGAAAUCUACCGCCGCGCCAACGUGUUCGAGCGCACAUUUGCCUUCUACGAGUCCCCCAGUACGAGUGUCUCGGUCAAGCGAAAGAUUUUGCAUCUGCUGUAUCGCUCGACCCAGGUCCAGGGCAGCACGACUCUCAUUACUCGGGCAGGAAUCAUCAGCUGGAUUCAAAGCCAGCUUCCGGCCGUGGGUGCCAAAGAGGCGUCGAGUUUCUCGGCCAUCACCAACUCCUUGCAUGAAUCCUCGGAUAAGGAGCGGGUUGCCAAAUGGAGCGGAGGCGCCGUGGAUCAGAUUGUCGGCAACAUCGCCGGGGGAAACUGAGCUGACUGGCGAAGAGAGGGAGGGAGUGUAUUGGGUAGAUGUGAAUGUGCAUCUGUAUCGCAUGCGUUCUAGAUAGAGAGGUUUAGGGUAAUUCUAAUGAAUGUUGGAAAUGUGGAUGUUG